AUGCAAAUUUUUGUGAAAACACUUACAGGAAAAACGAUUACUUUGGAGGUGGAGUCGUCAGACACAAUUGACAAUGUCAAAAGCAAGAUUCAAGAUAAAGAAGGGAUUCCACCGGAUCAGCAACGGCUAAUCUUUGCUGGAAAGCAGUUGGAGGAUGGAAGAACACUUUCUGAUUACAAUAUCCAGAAAGAAUCGACUCUUCACCUUGUAUUGCGGCUCCGUGGUGGAGCACCACAGAAAUGUACAAUGAAGGAGUGCAACGCGCCAGCAGUGCGGAUUGCAGGGGACUGUAACUUCUGUGAAGGUCACUUUUGUGGGCGGCAUCGGCAGCUUGAGAACCAUGCGUGUACAGGGCUGCAGGAGUGCCGGCAGCAAAGCCAUGAAAGAAAUAGGACAAAGCUAGAAAAAGAACAGUGUGUAGCAAGCAAAGUAUAA